AUGAGUGCGAGCAAGGAAUUAUCUCCUGCGGAGAAAUAUGGUCUCCAGAAGAUUGCUCCAGGCAUCUGGUUUGUGCAGGGAAACGAAUCAGCUCGUCCAGUAGAUUCGACCGACCCGUCACUGAUAUUGAUCUUUGGAUGGAUGGACGGCAAACUCGCUCAUGUCGCCAAGUUUAGCGCGGGAUACCGUGUCAUGUUCCCAUAUUCAAAUCAGAUAGUAGUGCAAAGCAGAGCAGAUCUUUUCAUUUUGCCCAAAUUCGUCUUGCGGAACCGACUCCGACCGAUACUGCCUCUGUUGAGAAAUCUUGGAGUCGUUGGUAGCGCACCUACAAAACACCGAAUCCUCGUCCAUGCACUCUCCAACGGUGGUGCAUGCCAACUUAACUAUCUCUCCCAGAUUCUGAAGAAAGAGGCUACCAACGUUAUUACCUCUGCUAUGGUCCUCGACUCGACGCCAGGCGGAGAUGACAUUCGCAGUGCGAUUUACGUCUUCAACCACACUAUUGCGAACCCCAUCUUACGCUGGGUGUUCUUGUUUGCCAUUGGCAUUGUCCAGGCCGUUGCGGUCCUGCUUCGCCUAGUUCCCGUGCGCAUGCACGAUAUCAUUCGCAAGGCCAUCUGUUCGCCGAAUUGGCUUCCCUGGACGAACAAGACGACGCCAUUCCUCUACGUAUACAGCAAGACGGACCGGUCGGUGCCGUACAAGCAAGUUCAGGCCCACACUGAAAAGGCAGAGACGAUGGGUCAGGAUGUGACAAGACUAGUCUUUGAUGACUCGCCGCAUGUAGCGCAUAUGAGGUCUGAUCCGGAACGGUAUUGGACGGCGGUUCAGGCAUUGUGGAACAAGGCACUUCUCGUUUCGGUCCAUUGA